GCAGACUAAGCAAGAGGAGGGGGAGAGCGUGGAACACCUAGGUAGCUGACUUCCAGCGAGAGGAGGGAAAAGGCAGCUUCUUCUGAAGUUACCGUCCAGGCGCUGAGACGACAUGGUGCCUACCAUCGUGCUCAGUGCCCUCGUGCUUCAUCUCACUAACGUUGUGGCUUCAGAACCGCGAUACCUCCUGUGGGUUUCUGCUGUGGUACAGCGGUUUUCCUCAGAAAAAGCCUGCCUUCACCUUGUAAACCUCAACGAGCCUGUGUCCUUGAGCGUCAUCCUAGAGUAUGCCGGAGUCAACACUACUAUUUUUGACCAGCGUGUGAAAGAGGGGAACUUCUAUGCUUGUGCAAAUUUCAAAGUGUCUCACGUGUCCCCGGAGCAGUUGGCCUUUGUGACACUACUUGUUCAGCAAAACACUCUUAUAAUCUCUGAGAGAAGAGCUGUAGCAGUCGCUGCCGAGGAGAACGCCACUUUUGUGCAGACAGACACACCGGUCCACAAACCUGGAGACACGGUUCACUUUCGAGUUGUGACACUGAACACCUGGCUGAAGCCUGUUGAUGAAUUGUACCCUUUGAUCACCGUUCAGAAUCCCCAAGGCAAUGUGAUUUUUCAAUGGAUAAACGUGACCACUUUCAGAAACAUCACCCAGCUCUCAUUCCAACUGACUCCAGAGCCAGUAUUGGGGGAUUACAUGAUCGUCAUAAAAAAACAAUCAGGAAUGACGGUGGUGGAUCAUUUCACCGUUAACCAAGAUGUAUUGCCCAGAUUUGAAGUUGAGCUUACUGCUCCAGAGACCAUAACUAUCGCAGACAAUCAGUUUCCAGUGGUUAUGUGUGCAAAGUACAUCUAUGGCCAACCUGUGCGUGGAAAAGCCCAGAUCAAAGUGUGCAGAGAGCUCUUCUCCCCGGGGUAUUGUGAGAGCAACGAGAAUGAAAUCUGCGAGCAGUUCACUCUGCAGCUGAAAGAUGGCUGUGCUUCUUACAUUGUCAAUACGAAAGUCUUCCAGCUGUACCGCUCUGGGUUGUUCAUGACGUUGAAUAUCAACGGAGUCAUUACAGAAUCUGGAACAGGUGUACAGAUCAGUAAGACACACUCAGUUUUUAUCACCUCAGUGCUUGGCACUGUCAGCUUCGAGAACAUGGACUCUUUCUACAGGAGAGGGAUCCCUUAUUUUGGAACUCUUAAAUUUUCUGGCCCCAAUAACACACCGAUGGUGAACAAGCUUUUGCAACUGGAGCUCGAUGGCAAACCUCUAGGGAAUUACACCACAGAUGAGAAGGGGGAAGCUCAAUUUUCCAUUAACACUUCAGAGAUAUUCGAGGCACAGAUGAGCUUAAAAGCCACAUAUGUCCGACCUAGAAGCUGCCAUCGUUCCAGCUGGUUGGACCCUGAGUAUUUGGACGCCUACUUCUCAGCCUCACGCUUUUACUCCCAGACCAGCAGCUUCAUGAAGAUCAUUCUCGAGCCAAAGCCGCUUCCGUGCGACCAAGAGAAGAUGGUCUCAGUGCUUUACUCCCUAAACCCCGAGGUUUACAAGGAGGCCUCAAAAGUGACCUUCUUUUAUUUGGUGAUGGUGAGAGGAAGCAUCCUCCUCAGUGGACAGACAGAAGUCAAAGUUCAAGCCCAGAAUGGAAACUUCUCCUUCCCAAUCAUCGUCACUGCUGAUCUGGCGCCAGCAGCUGACCUGUUUGUCUACACCCUCCACCCCAGCGGGGAAAUCGUUGCAGAUAGUGUCAAGCUCCAGACUGAGAAGUGCUUUAAAAACAAGGUUAGCAUAAAGUUCUCAAAGGAGCAGGACCUACCCGGCUCUAACACCAGCCUUCAUCUUCAAGCGGCCCCUGGCUCCUUCUGUGCCCUGCGAGCGGUGGACAAAAGUGCCCUUCUACUGAACCACGGACAAGAAAUGACACCAGAGAGUGUGUACAACAUGCUCCCGUACGUCCAUCAAUAUGGCUAUUUCUACAAUGGUCUCAACUUGGAUGAUGAGAGAGCUGACCCAUGCAUCCCUCAGAAGGACUUGUUCCACAAUGGGCUGUAUUAUAAACCUACAAGCAAUGUUUGGGAUGGAGACCUCUCUAAUCUUGUCAGGAAUAUGGCUCUGAAAAUCUUUACAAAUAUCCGUUACCGGAAACCGGAAGUGUGUUCAUCCCAGGAAAACCAGCCUUUGCUGAGGACAUUCAAUGACCCAAAUGAACGGAUAAUGAUGUACGGUGGUGGUGGUGGUGGUGGCGCACCAGCUGCUUCUGCCUUUCAUGACGCUCCUGACAGCAUCAGCCAUGCAAAAGUGGCCAUCAAAGAGACAGUCAGGACAAACUUCCCCAAGACCUGGCUGUGGAACCUCAUCAGCGUGGAUUCCUCAGGCUCAACCAAUGUUUCGUUCCUUGUCCCUGAUACCAUCACCCAGUGGCAGGCCAGCACCUUCUGUGUCAACGGCAAUGCUGGGUUCGGCAUUUCACCCAAAGUGUCCCUACAAAUCUCCCAGCCCUUCUUCAUGGAAGUUACCUCACCCUUUUCUGUUGUUCGAAGUGAACAGAGUGACCUCAUUGUCACUGUCUUCAACUACCGGACUACAUGUGUAGAGAUUUCUGUUCAGUUAGAAGCAUCUGAGAAUUAUGAAGCAAGCAUCAACACCCAGAGUAACACUGACAGUGAGGUCCUGCCGGCUGGAGAACAGAAAACGUAUGUCUGGACCGUUACACCAAAAACACUGGGUAAAGUGAAUAUCACUGUAGUGGCUACAUCCAAACAGAGUAGUGCCUGCCCAAAUGAUGCCCAUGAGGAGCAAGAUGUCAACUGGAAGGACACUGUAGUCAAAACCUUAUUGGUAGAGCCUGAAGGUAUUGAAAAAGAAUCAACCCAAAGUUUCCUUAUCUGCCCAAAAGGUACCAAAGCCUCAAAGCAAAUAACUCUGGAAUUGCCAAACGAUGUAGUGGAAGGAUCAGCCAGAUCUUUUGUCACUUUUGUGGGAGACAUUCUGGGAGUCGCAAUGCAGAAUCUAGAGAGCCUUCUCCAGACACCCUAUGGCUGCGGUGAACAGAACAUUGCCCAGCUGGCAGCUGACAUUUAUAUACUUGACUACCUCAACGCUACCAAACAGCUGACAGAAGAGGUCAGAUCCAAGGCUCUUCUUCUCUUAUCUAAAGGUUACCAGAAACACUUGUCUUUCAAGAACUAUGAUGGCUCAUACGAUGUGUUCUGCCAUAACAACCAGGAAGGAAGUGUCUGGCUCAGUGCCCUUUCUUUCAAGACAUUUGAGAAAAUGAAGGAAUAUAUUUUCAUCGAAGAGACGGUCCCCAAACAGACCUUGAUUUGGCUUGUGAAGAAGCAGAAAUCAAACGGCUGCUUUAGAAAGAAUGAGAAUCUUGUCAACAAUGCUCAGGAGGACAGUGACGAGGAUGAUAUCGCACUUACUGCAUACGUCGUCGGGGCGUUCCUUGAAGGUGGACUCAAUUCCAGUUUUCCUGCCCUCCGCAAUGGUCUCUAUUGCCUGGAAGAAGCAUUUUCGAGUAGUGUCACCGAUGACCACACUCAAGCUAUCAUGGCUUAUGUGUUCACAUUAGCUGGGAAGCAACAGCAAGUGAAGUCCUUACUCCCAAUCCUGGAUCGGUCUGCUACAAAAACGAAUAAUAUGAUAUACUGGGAGAAAGACGAGAAACCCAAGGCAGACAGCUCUCCAUCAUUCAUUCCUUCUGCACUUUCCGGUGAGACAGAGAAGACGUGCUAUGUGCUGUUGGCUGUCCUUUCCCAGGACACUCCGGACCUCGAUUAUGCCAGCAAGAUUGUGCAGUGGCUUGCCCAGCGGAUGAACUCCCAUGGAGGCUUCUCUGCCGUGCAGGACACCACAGUGUGCCUUCUUGCCCUGACCCGAUACAUGAAGUUAACCGGCUCUAACCCUCAAAACACCAUCACCCUGAGCACGGAAGAGUCUGAGGAGGUUUUCCACAUUAACAGAGAUAACCGCCUUCUGGUACAGCACUCAAAAGUUUCCGAGGGCCACAGACGAUACACGGUGGAUGUGGAAGGAGACGGAUGCUCGUUCACCCAGGCUACCCUCAGGUACAAUGUGCCCCUUCCUAAGGAGGCCUCGGGGUUUUCCCUUUCUGUGAAAACCAGAAAGAGCAACUCUUCGGAUGAACUCCAGACCAAGUUUGACCUCAUGGUGACCCUCACGUAUACUGGAGCUCACGAAAGCUCCGGUACAGUCCUUGUGGAUGUGAGGAUGCUCUCUGGCUUUACUCCUGUCUUCUCAUCUAUCGAGGAGCUUAAAUUCAAUGGUCAAGCGAUGAAGACGGACAUAAAGAACGGCCAUGUUCUUUUCUACUUGAAAAACGUUCCCAAGGCAGCAACCAGCUUCACCUUCUCUAUUGAACAAACCAACCUUGUGGUCAACAUCCAGCCAGCCCCAGUCACGGUCCACAGCUAUGAAAAAGAUGAAUAUGCUUUUGAUUCUUACAACAUCAAUAGCAUUUCAGAUUCCCAGUAAGACAAAGCAGCUCACAGAGAAAAAGGUGUGAGACUAUUUCUUUGAAUAUACUUUUCUCCUGGUCACCAUCCUAACAGAGAGCCUAACCAAGCACCUCUCACAUCCUGAAGGAUCUUCCAUCACAGUGACUUCCUGUCAGCUUCACGUCCUUCCUUCUUUCCAUUAAAUGCAUCAUUUCAAGUCUGA